UGUCCCCCGCUGUCCCCAAACUGGUGUCACUGGCGCUUUGCAGGCCAAGCUGCUGGAGGAGAUGGACCAGGAGUUCGGGGUCAGCCCCUUGGUGGAGGAGGAGUUCCAGCGGCGCCGGAGGGAGCGUUACAGCGCCCGGGACCUGCAGGGGCUGACGGUGGAGCACGACCCGGCCUCGAUCCCCGAGGGACAAACGCUGGUGCUGACCCUCAAGGACAGGGGAGUGCUGGAGGGGGGUGAGGACGUGCUGGAGCAGGCGGCGCUGGCGGCGGCGGCGCGGGCGCAGGAGGAGCAGCAGCAGCGGCGCCGCCCCGGCUACGACCCCUACGGCGAGCGGGAGCCCGCGCCCGGCGCGCAGGUACCG